AUGGGCAAGUUUCGAUUAUCUGGCCACACUCUAGCUAUAGAAACAGGGCGAUGGAAUAGGCGAGGACGGGGCCGCUUACCGCUGGAGGAGCGGCUGUGCAGUUGUGGUGAGAUACAGACGGAGAGACACACCCGUGACACACGUCUGACGCACUGCUCCCUGACGCUCCUCGCAGAUCAUUCCAGGGUGGCGGCUAUUACAGUUUUCAAGAAGACAUCUCUGAAUGGUAAAAUCACUGCCUACCUCACUAAGCGAGACUUCGUCGACUACGUCAGCCACACCUCCCCUGUGGAUGGUGUGGUGGUGGUCGACCAUGACUACCUCCGGGGCAGAAGGGUGUACGCCCGCGUGGUGGUCACCUACCGCUACGGACGGGAGGAGGAUGAGGUAAUGGGACUUCAUUUCAGCAAGAAGUUCGAGUUUGUCAACACUCAGAUCGCCCCAAACGAUGGAAAAGACGAAAUCAGUGAUGUUCAGGAACGAAUCAUCAAGUCUCUGGGGAACAACGCGUAUUCCUUCAGCGUGGCACUGCCUCAGAACGCUCCUUGCUCUGUCACCAUCGAUAGCGGGAACGACAUGGACACGCAACCUCUGGGCGUGAGUUAUGAACUAGUGCUCUGUCUCGCUGGUCGUAGAGAAGAUAAGUACCGCAAACGCAAUUCCGUCACCUUCGCUGUCCGCAAAAUCUUGGCCGGGUGGAGAGGAUGUAAUUUCCGUCAACCAGAGACCAUCGUCAGCAAGGGAUUCACAAUCGCACCAGGCAGACUCACAUUACAAAUUUCUCUGGGUCAGGAAGUGUACUUCCACGAACAGCCAGUGACGGCAACUCUUAACAUCAACAACGCGUCAAAGAAGACGGUCAAAACCGUUAAGGCUCAGGUGGUCCAGCAUGUGGAAGUCACCAUGACCAGUAACCACUUCAGUCGUGUGGUGUCCUCUCUCGAAUCUCGUGAAGGAUGUCCCAUCAUCCCUGGCGCUAACUUUACCAAGACCUUCUCCCUCACCCCUCUCGCUUCUACAAACCAGAAGCGCUUUGGCAUCGCCCUCGACGGCCAAGUCAAGGAUCAGGAAGCCAACUUGGCGUCUUCCACCGUGGUGGCGACUGGCAAGAACGUAAAUGACGCCUUGGGCAUCAUUGUGUCUUACUCUUUCACUGUGAAGUUAAUUUGUGGUGCCAUUGGUGGUGAGCUGACCGCUGACCUCCCCUUCAAACUGAUGCACCCUGGCCCUGCCAUCCAAGAGCCGAGUUUAAGAAAAACUCGUUCCUGUAGUAAUUUUACCUUACAAGACUUUGUUAAUUCUCGCAGCAGCGUAAACCACCUCAUAGAGUAAGAACGCGAUCGUCAAAUCAUGAGGGAGACCUUCCCUCCUCUCCGCAUUAAUUUUUCUUGACA